CGUUGAUUGUGGUACCAGCUACCACAACAUCCAAAACAACAACAAAAAAAAAAACUUCCAGCUACACUACCACAGUACCAUUACUAUUUACCUCGGUUCAAAAUUUCAAAUCACAACCCAGAAACCGGAGAAAAUUAUGGCGGAAGAACUAAAAGAAGCUGCAAUUAGAGGAGAUGUAGAGUUCUUAAGAAACUGUGUUGCUUCAAACAAACCCAUUGAAUACUACUUAACUUUAUUCCCCAUGAUUCAACCUGGUGAUCGUCUUUUUGGCAACAUUUUUCACUUUGAAAAUAGAGAAGAUUUCAUAAGAGGAGCUAUACGUACUUUACCACUUCAUGUCUCACAACAACUUCUUCUUCAACAACGUGAUGAAGACAUGUUUAAUCCUCUUCAUAAAGCAGCAGCUAUUGGUAACUUGGACAAGAUUAAGAUGUUCUUAGAACUCUUUAGUGUACAUGUAUCAUCAUCAUUAUCGUUAUCGUUAUCGUCGUCGUCGUUUUAUGGUAAAAAACCUUGGUUACAAAAGACUAAUAAGGGAUAUACACCUUGUCAUGUGGCUCUUGUAAAUGAUCAAGAGGAGUGUGGGUUGGAAAUAUUGGGAAUGGAUAUGGAGUUGCUUUGUAAUAUUGAUGAAGAAGAUGAUGAGUGUGAUAGUUUACUUUGUAUAAGUGUAAAAAGUGGGCUUAAUAAUUUUGCUUUGAAGAUGUUGAGGUCCCCCUUUUCUUUGAGUUGUAGUGGAUUCAAUGGCCACACUCCUUUACAUUAUGUGCCAAGAUGCUCAGAAGGAGAAGUUAUUUGUCGACUGCUGCUUAAAAGAAAGCCAGAGCUAAUUAAACAAAUACCAAGAGAUGGAUUUUCAGUAUUUCAUUCUUGGGCAAAUGAAGGUAAACUAUGGCCAUUUGAACGUCUUUUAAAGAGCAUCGAUGUCAUCCCAGAUGUAAGGAGGAUUUUUGUGGACUUAAUCUCUGUAACUAAUGUAAAAGAGGGUUAUAACCCUCUACAUGUCUUGGCUAGAACUAGUGCCAGUGAUUUGGAUGCAGUACUGGUAGCAAAACUCUUCAUAGAUGCUUACAAACAGGCAGCAGCAGCACAAGUGUUAAGCAUCUCAGAAGAUGUAUGUCCCUGGUUAGUGCAAGAUAAGCGAGGAGGGACGCCUCUGUCCGAGGCAAUAAAGCAUGGAUAUGAAAAUUUGGCAAUGUAUAUCUUGUUAGAGGAUAACAAUGCACUUCUAAUGUGUCCCAGAAAUCUUCUAUGCUUGGCUAUUGAGGAGGGAUGUCAUGAAGUGGUGGACUUGAUCAUGGAGAUAGUCGAUAAGCAACAAUGGACUCAACUUCUUACUAAUGCCUUGCAUCUUGCACCAUUAUGCAAAAAAUAUUUCUUAAAAUGGGUGCCUGAGCGCCAUCCAGAGUCACUGGAAGCGGUUGACAACGAGGGAACAACUGUAUUACAUAGUUGGGUUAAAAUAGGUGAAAUGUGGCCAUUCAAGUACAUUCUUGAGAGCACGGAAAUUGAUCCAAAAUGGAGAAGCCAUUUCAUUAAACUCAUUUCUUAUCCUGAUUACAAGGACCAAAACAACCCUCUUCAUGUUGCUGCAACUACCACAAAUGAAGCAACAGACGAAGUUGUAAAGCUCCUUAUAGAAGCUUACAGAGAAGAAUAUCCGAGUUGGCGAUCCUUUCCUGAACCUUCAUUACCAUGGUUAGAGAAGAAUAAAGCUAAAGAAGGAGCUCUUAGCUUGGCCAUACGAAAUCAACGUGAAAAACUUGCAUUAUAUAUAUUGUCACUAUACAAUGCUCAUCUUAACUCCUUGCUCGAUUAUUAUGAGCCAGAGCACGGAAUUUUGUUUCUUGCUAUAGAGAAGAAUUGCAGUCAAGUAGCCAAAGUGAUAUUGAACAGAUUAGAUAGGGGGAGCUGGAGCAAAUAUCUGAUGGAUUCGUCUGAUGAGCGGAAUAUCUUGCAUCUUACUCCAAAUUGCACAGACAAAGAUUUUGUGACAUGGCUGGUUAAUGAAGCAUCAGAAUUCAUCACAAAACCAGACAAAAAUGGAAACACACCACUAGAUGAAGUGUCUGAUGUUGGUGCUGCAUGGAUUAUACAGGCAAUGCUAGAAAAGGAUCCUUCAGCUUUUAGUAAGGCUCCUUUGGCUUGGAUUAAAGCAUGUAAGAAGGGUCACAUCUCGGCUAUUCGUGCCUUCAUUGACAAUUACCCGGGAAAUUUUAAAGAUCAUUGUAUUAAACAUAAGGAUUCACCGUUGCAUCAUAUUCAGAAUCUCUCAAAUUUAACUCAGUAUGAAGAGUUUCUUAAGUUACCACGGAUGAAGGAUCUAAUCAAUCUUCGAGAUUCUCGAGGAGCAACACCUUUACAUCAAGCAAUCCGAAAUGGAAACAUAUUUUUGACAGAAACAUUACUCAAUAUGGAUAAAAUAAUGUAUAACAUCAGGGAUCAUGAAAAUGAAACUGCCAGAGGUUUGUUGGAACAAAAAUGCAACGAAAAUCAGGAAUGGGACCAAAUGUGCAAAAAUAAUGGAUUUGAUCCAAGGAUGAAAACAACAUACUUCGAACGCAGGACAAAUUUGUUAGACGUAAGAAACACAUUAUCUGUGGUGGCAGCUUUGCUAGCAACCAUCACAUUCACUGCUGGAUUCACUCUUCCUGGUGGAUUUGAUCAAAACUCAGGAGAAGCAAUUCUGACAAAGAAGGUAGCAUUUUUAGUGUUUCUGUUAUCUGAUUCAUUGGCCAUGUGUUGUUCCAUGUUGGUGCUCAUUUGCCUCAUCUGGUCCAUGGUCUACGAUUCCAAUAAGUCGUUGUUCUUGAUUGAUCGAAGCAUGAUGUUGCUCAUGAUAGCGCUUUACUCUACCUUAGUCGCGUUUAUGGCUGGAGUUUACGUUGUCACAGCACCCAAGUGUUUGUGGCCGGCCAUUGUUAUUAUUGUUAUGUGCUCUCUUAUUGGAAUUUCAGCAAACAGAACUCUGCUGUAUAAAAUCCUUGACAAGUUAAUCCCUUCUGCAAGUAAGGAUUACGGAGAUCCAUUCCGUUUGAUGGAACUGGGAAAAGUUUGUGUAUGCCGGAAUGAAAAUAGUUGUCUAAAAUGCAACUGAAUGAACAUUCAGAAUUUUGGUUGAUGAUGAUUAGGUGUAGGUUCGUGAGAAGAACAGAUUGAGUUUAAGGAAAAGUUUGAUAAGAAUUAAACACAAGCUACACGAAUCGAACCUUGUACGACACAAGCUUAGGGCCUGCACUCAGAAUUCAAUCAAUGUAUGUACCAAAACAAGCAAGCAAGAAGGCUAUGUAUCAACAAGCCAUGAUGUGUUGAGUCUGGUAGACAACAACGAAAUUGCCUAAGUUUUUUUUUUUUUUUCGUGGAUUAUGGAUAGAAGACAAAGGCUAUGUUUGAAAACAUAAGCUGAAAAGGAGCUGAAACUGAUAAGGCAACUGAAAGGAACUGAAGUGAUAAGACAACUAAAAAUUUCAGUACAUUAAAUUGAGAUGCUAUAUUUGAUAGCAACUCAAUUUCAAUCAAUGUUAAGAUCUUACCUUAAACACUACUAUUUAUUUUAGGUGACUUAAAUUUUUAGCACCUACUCAUUUAAGGUGACUUUAAUGUAUUGCUAAACAAAGCCAAAGUGACGUUUGGUUAGCAGUUGUUAA